AUGGAAACUAAUCACUUAAACCAAGCUUUACUGCAAUUCGCUUUGGGCAAUCAUCACUCUGCACUGUUUCAUCUUUCACAAGAGUCUCCUUCCUUUGUUGCUAAGAUAACUUAGGCUUCUAUAAAUCUAACUCUAGGAAAGUAUCAAGUUGCCAUUGAUGUACUCAAUGAAGCUCAUUCAGCUGCUACUGGUUCUGAAGUCCCACAAUUACUUUAUCUUAGAGCCAAAGCUCAUUUCCUCUAAGGAAACCUAAACGAUUCUGUCACAGAUAUCUAAGCUGCUAAAAAUUCCUUGAGCAAUGUUCAAGAUGAGCUUGAAAAUAAAGAUCUCGAGAGAUAGAUUAAUGUCCUAGAGAGAAAAGCACAAAUGGAACUACUCAGAUAGAGUGAAAUCGGAACAAUUAAUGAUGCCGCAUAUCUCAAAUCUACUUAGGAAGAGUAAAAGAAGUCUGAACCUGCUCCAACUCAGCAGACCCCUGUAGUCAAAUAGGUACCAUUGAUUGAUCCUAAAUAUGACUGGUAUCAAAACGCAACUCACGUAUUUAUUUCUUACAAAGUCUCCAAUCCUACAGUGUCAGAAAAGGCUCAAAUUAAUUUUGAUGAGACUAAUGUUCAAAUCUCCUAUGAAGAUCUUUCGCUCUCACUUGAGCUUUCCAACAGCAUCAUUCCAGCUGAGAGUUCAACAACCACCACUGCUAAGAAGAUUGAAUUAAAGCUUAGAAAAUCAAUUGACAACACCUCAUGGAUGAAAGUAGAGAAAGCUGGAGAGGCUAAGUUAAUGGCUACUACUUAAGUUAUUCAAUCAUCUUAGAACCCACCUUCUUACCCCACAAGCUCAAAGAAGAAGCAAGAUUGGGGGUAAAUCGAUAAAUAAAUAGAGAAGGACUUUGCCAAAGAGAAGCCUGAGGGUGAUGCAGCAUUGAAUACCCUCUUUAAGUAGAUUUAUGAGAGAUCUGAUGAAAAUACAAGAAGAGCUAUGAUAAAGAGUUACCAAACAAGUGGCGGCACAGUCCUAAGUACCAACUGGGAUGAAGUUGCAAAGAAAGAUUAUGAGGGCAAAGAUAGACCUGAUGCACCUGAAGGACAAGAAUGGGGAAAGGACAACUGA